AUGGCUAUUUUCAUCCUUGUAUCGAUUGCAAGUCUUGCUAUUGUUUAUGCAGCAUGGCGACUGCGAGAUGAAAACUCCGGGUUCGAGAAGUCUUUUCCAUGUGUUGGCGUACAAGAAGGGCAAUGGUUUGCUUGGUCCAGAGCAAAACUACGGAGUUUCACCAAGACAGAAGAGUGGAUGAAAGAAGGCUAUGAAAAGUACUCAAGAAAGAAUCAGCCCUUCAUCAUCCCCUCAUUCGGCAAAGGCAAAGUCCUGACCCUUCCUCCAUCUCAAAUUAAAGAGGUAUACAACAAACGAGAGAGCGAGCUUGAAGCUCAUGCCCCAGCCUCAGAGUCAUUAUCCUUCAAGUAUACUAUUCGCGACCCAGCGGUUUAUCCAAGUGAUUAUACUGUUGACUUGGUUCGAAAAUGGAUUGCCAAGAGGUUCGAUGAGCUUACACCUGAGCUGCAAGAGGAAUUAUGCCUUACUGUAGAUGAGCAGUUCGGAUUAGAAACCGAGUGGAGGGAUAUAAAGCUUGAGAUUGCUAUACAAAAAGUGUUUGCCAGAGGGUUGAACAGAGUCCUGGUUGGGAUUCCUCUGUGCCGGGAUCCAACGUAUCUGGAAACUGUUCGGAGAUUUGCCAUGAAUAUGCCCUUCCAAGGCUUGUUCACAACAUUGAUUCCCAAAUUCCUCAAGCCUAUCUUGGGGCCCUUGAUGUGUUGGCAAGUAACACGAGAUACUAAAGAAGGGACUGCUGCAUGUCUGCCGCUCAUCAAAGCUCGUCUGAAUGACUAUCACAAACGUGGUCAAAAUGAGUUGAGCAAGGACAAAAGGCCAGUCGAUAUUCUCCAAUGGAUUAUCGAAGCCUCUGUUGCAACUGGUGACCCAGCUCAACUUGAUCCCUUCCGCAUUGGACAUCGCAUAGUUAUCUUGAACUUCAAUUUUGUGCAGAGCGGAUCCAUCCCAUUCAACACAGCUCUGAGUGAUAUUUGCAGUGGUCCCAACGCGGCUUCUGUUUUCUCCAAAUUGCGUGACGAGGCAGAAGCGGUACUUGGCCCCGUUGAUAUCUGGGGUCGUGCCACUAUCUCAAAACUAACGCACGCCGACUCGGCUAUUCGAGAAUCUAUGCGCUGGUCCGACUUUGGGUUAUUUGCCCUGCCACGACGGGUCAACUCUACAGGCAUAACCUUGGACAACGGGAUCUAUGUUCCACCUGGUGUACAUGUCGAAUUCCCUAUGCAUUCAAUACAUAUGGACGAGACAUUCUACCAAGAUGCAGGUUCAUUCAAGCCGUUUCGCCUUGCAGAUGGGACUUCAGUUGCCCGUUCGGCUGUCACCCUGGAUGAGACAUUUCUCAGUUUUGGCUAUGGAAGGAACGCCUGCCCAGGACGAUUCUUUGGCAUCCAUAUCAUGAAGGUUGUGCUAGCAUAUAUCAUCACAAAGUAUGACGUCGACUUUGGUCCAGAAGUUCCGCCUAUGAAGACUAUUUGGGAGUAUAGGAUCCCAAAGGAAAAUGCUACUAUGCGUGUAAGGAGGAGAGAGUCAUAA